AUGGCGGACCUGCCAUUUGAACGUCUCAAAGUCUGCCCUCCCUUUACAUGUGUGGGGCUCGAUGCAUUUGGACCCUGGUCUGUCACAAGCAGACGCACCAGAGGAGGACAGGCGGAGAGCAAGCGGUGGGCCAUCAUGUUCUGCUGUAUGAGUUCGAGAGCUGUGCACAUCGAGAUCAUUGAGUCUAUGGACACGCUGUUGCAUAAAUGCUCAGGCGCUUUUUGCACUCAGAGGCCCUGCGAAACAGCUCCGUUCGAUUGCGGUACCAAUUUCAUCGGAGCGUGCAAGGAGCUUGGAAUGGACAAAACAGUGCAAAGGUACCUCAGUGAGCAAGGAUGCAGCUGGGAAUUCAACCCACCACACAGUUCUCACAUGGGAGGCUCGUGGGAGCGCCUGAUCGGCAUUGCCAGAAGAAUCCUAGAUUCAAUGUUUCUGCAGCUGAAUACUCGCUUAACCCAUGAAGUCCUUUGCACACUAAUGGCAGAAGUGACUGCUAUCAUUAAUGCACGACCACUCCUACCUGUGUCUGCAGAUCCAGAACAACCAUUCAUACUUUCACCGUCAAUACUCCUUACACAGAAGACAGGAGUGCCGCCUCCUCCCGGAGACUUCUCGGACAAGGACCUGUACACAAAGCAAUGGAGACAAGUUCAGGCUCUUGCAAACCAGUUCUGGACCCGCUGGAGCCGCGAAUACUUACCUUGCUUGCAACACAGACAAAAGUGGACAGUACCUCGCAGAAACCUUCAAGUGGGAGAUCUAGUUCUGCUCAGAGACAAGCAGAUAGCCCGCAACUGUUGGCCCAUGGCCAGAAUCUCUGCCGUAUUCCCUGGAAAGGAUGGGCAUGUAAGAAAGGUUGAGGUCACAACAACUGACCAAGGCAAUAUUAAAACCUUUCUAAGGCCAAUUGCAGAAGUUGUUCUACUUCUACCCAAAGACUGAUCUAGAGACUAAGGUUUAGCACGCUCACUGGUUCAUAGUGACCUCACAUAGGUCAGGCGGGGAGUGUG